UUCUGUUGUUUUGGUGAUGCCGAGCCGAAUCGUAAAUUUAAAGACUUUAACGCUGCUUUCAUCAUUUCGGUAAAAUUGAAUCCACUUCAUCCCAUGCACCGAUUAGCCCGGUAAAAUACGAAGCUGCCGAAGCCGCGAAAACAACACUGAAGAACGGGACAACGGAGUUUAGGCGAACCGGAAGUUUACGACUCAUUCGACAAAAAUGCAUGUAUUUAAGGCAGAGGCCUACGCAGAUCCAGAAGCGACUUCAUACAAUGGAAGGAUCGGUGCGAUUAAAGAUUUGAAAUCAAACAGACAACGCGUUCGUCGGGGUCCUAUUAACACCCGAUCCGGAUCUACCGGACCCAGGAAUUGGCUACUUCGGAAAGGUAUGGCUGAAGACGAUCGCAUUUCCGUUGCAGUGGCGGAGCUGGAAGCGGCAGCUCGCACACCAGCGACGACUGCCGAAGAGCGGUACCGUGUGCUGGAAACGAAGGAUCGCUACCUUCGCCUCACGAAUCAGCGCACAACAGAUAUUCGAGAAGCGAAGAACAUCGUGGGCACAUGCCCUGACAAGUGUCCGGAAAAGGAACGGUAUAUGCGCGAGUGGAAAGGAAUGAUUCCAUCGUUCGAAAAACUGGGACAUGGGAUGCUGAUCAAUCAUGAAAAGGCGAUCAAACAGUUUUCUCGCAGUUCUGCGGACCAAGAGCUACCACUGCCACACGAGCUACGCACGGAGCAAGCGCUUGGCCGCACCAUGCGCUUCUUGCUCGUUCAUCUGGCCGAUGAGUGUACCGCCUCUAACGUGAGCGAUUGGUUUCACUACAUUUGGGAUCGUACGCGCGGCAUUCGAAAGGAUAUCACUCAGCAGGACCUUUGCACACUGGGCGUAAUCGAACUGAUGGAACAGUGCACGCGCUUUCACAUCCACUGUGCCGCCCGGCUCGUCACGGAAGACCCAUCAGUGUUUGAUCAAAAGAUCAAUACCGAAAACAUGACCAAGUGCUUGCAAACGCUCAAGUACAUGUACACCGAUAUGGCCGAGCAAGGUAAACAGUGUCCACGAGAAGCGGAAUUUCAGGCCUAUAUGAUACUGUUGAACUUGAAUAACGGUAACUUCUGUUCGGAUCUACACAAAUACGUCGCGCACGGAAUAAUGGAGUCGCCGGAAGUAAAGUUUGCGAUGAACGUGUUCUUUGCGCUGGAUCAAAACAAUUACAGGAAAUUUUUCCAGCUUGUGCGUGGUGCAAAUUAUAUGAAUGCUUGCCUGCUAAUUCGUUACUUCACACAAAUACGCCUGAAAGCGAUCGAGUGCUUGCGGAAGAGCUAUGCGGUGCGCAGUAUGGCCAGUUUUCCCUUCGAAUAUCUGGUGCAAAUGUUGGCAUUCGAAAGCGAAAACGAUAUGGUUUCGUUUUGCGAGCAUUACGGUAACAUGUGCAAUCGCGAGAAACGGUUGGUGAUGUUUGAAAGUAGACACAACUAUCAACCGGAAGCACCAUAUCCUGGGCGCCGUGAGCUGAAGCUAGUGGAAAGUAAGUUAGUCACUUCGAUUGGCGAUGCGAUUUGCGGAGAACCGUUAGCUCAAUGGAUCCUUAAGUACCCUGAGCAGCCUGUGCACGAUAGUUUCGAUGAAGCGGGAUAUCUGCGAAUGGAACUCUUGUUCAACGACGAAUUGGAAGAAAAGGAGGAAGAAGAAAACGAAGAGAACGAUGAUGCUGUUGAUAACAUAAAUCCUACUGCUACGACGGACGACGAAGAGGAUAUGUACGAAGAAGAGGAGAUGAACGACGAAGAGGAGAUAAAUGAAGAAGAGGAGAUAAACGAAGAAGAGAUGAUUGACGAAGAUGAGAUGAUCGAUGAAGCGGACGAGGAAGAAAUGAUAUCGGAAGAGCCAAUGGUUGACCUGCCGGAAGUGCCUGCGCCAAAUGAACCAAAUGUCUCUGUAGCCUCUGCAAAACAAACCGAUACUAACACUCAACCAUCACUAGUAAAAGGAGUUCUUGAUGGUCCACAAUCCCAGAACGAUUCCAAUGAUAGCUAUAGUGCCGUUACUAAGCACUACGAAAGUCCCCCUCCAGAUGUUUCCAUAACAACGGCAGGCCGAAAACGUACGUUCUUUGGAGCAACGAAAUCCCUAGAGCAAAAGGUAGAGGUUCCUGUGCCAAAAGUGCCCCUGUUCCCGUGGCAGGAAAUUGAAACGAAACCUUCAAACCAGCAAAUUCAACAGCAAGCGAAUCAGGGCUUUUCGUUUAUCAAACCACAGUUAGAGCGAAAAGAUGAACAUCAGGAAACACAUCAAAAAUUACAGCGAGAACUGAAGGAAGUACAACAGCACAGUCAGCAACAACAGCCAUACAAACCAGCAACAGCAGUGGAACAGCCACAACAGGGACUGCGUCAAAUUGAACAAUCACAACCUCAGGAAUGGCAGGAAUUGCAGCAACAGUCGUCAAAAAAGCGUCUCCUACAAUCUCAGGUUCCAGAGUGGCUUUCUCAGCCAAAAUUGCCCAAAAAACUGCCAUUGCAACUACCCAUUCCGGAUGUGCCAUUGAAUAUCACGCCAAGUGUGUCAUCCGUACAUUCCGAUUUAUCCACGCGUCAAUCCCCUUCGGCCGAAAAGCCUUAUGCUGAGUUGCUAAACAACAAGCAGAAAGAUCGACCGAUCAGUUUGAUACAAGACCGACACGGCGAUAGAGUGUCACCGAACAGCAGCUUGCUUAAAGGAGAGCGAACGCCGGAACCAGUUGAAAAGCCUACUGCAGCAGCAACAGGUGCUGUCAAACAGAUGACCGUGAAACCAAAAAAGAUCAAGGAAUCGGAUAGUACUGCAAAUACAGAGGAGCAGCGCCGUAAAGCAGCAGCACGAGUAGCUCAGCUAACGAAGAAAUACGUUGGGCACUGGAAACAAUUCGCUGAUAGGUCACGCAAGUUACGCCAAUUGAUGUCAUCCGUGCCGGUUCCAAAGAUGAUCAAUUCAACUGAUCUGAUCAAAUUUGAUCGUAUUCAACAAUCCCUUUCCCUUCAUCGAAAAUUCGACGCAACAAAAUACCCACAUGGCACAAUAAGCAAGAAGACUAUCGAUCCGCUUGCCAUAUUAGAGCAGAUCACCGGCAAAGAAAUCACUGGCUGGCCAUACUAUUGGAAGGUGAUAGUCUCACUACCGACCGGUCACGAUGAACCUCCAGUAGCAUUCGGUGACUAUGUCGUUCGAUGGUUGCGCGAAAGCCUUUCAAAUGUGACCGAGGAACGUCCGAAGGAGGCCAGCGGGCACUUGUUUCUAGCUGCCGGUAAACCCAGUAAACCAUUUGAACCUCCUCGGGCUGCAGUGUGUCUUCGUGUGGCGCGUGGCAAAUGUUUCCAGAAGGUAGAUGGUCCACAGAAUCGAACCAACGGGGUGGUUUUCUUGCUGCAACAGAAUGGCAUUAAAUCGUUUGGUCAGCGCCUACGAGCCCUUCUCGAAAGCUCGGCCUACAAGAAUCCACCGCUGGGCACAAACCCUCCACCGAUUGCGAUUAUUGUUCAUUGUGGUUCCAAAUGUAUACCUGGUACGGACUGUGAACAACAGUUGCGCAACCUUAUUGGUCAUCACGAUACACCGCCUCAUUGGAAGGUAUUCACAUGGCACGAAGGUAACAGCCUGCAGACCACUGAGGCACUCAAUCUUGCUCUGCACUAUUUGGCGGACCAUUACUGCAAGGAACGACAACGCAUAUGCUCUGAAGGAAAGUACAUACAGAUGGAAGACACGUGGGACUUUCUGAUGCGCUGCAUCGGUGACGAAUUAUGGAUUCGACGUGGAUCAAGCACGCAUCUGAACGUGACAGCAAACGUAAGAAUACCGCAAUCUUCGGAUGUAGCAGAUCUGAUUGUCAAUGAGUAUAACGAAACGCUCGACAAAUUAAGCACACUGGUUGACCAAAAUUUGUAUGAGUUGUACCAGGUAGGAGAGGAAUUUUACACACUCCGUUGCCUUCCCUCUGAUGAAAAGGCCAGCAUGCGUACGAUGCAUCCCUUGCCCGAACCGUUAUGCUUCCCGCAAGAUUGGCGCAACCCUCAGCGCCGCGUAACGCUAACGGCGCUUUUCAAUGCGGUGCGGCUGUUGCCGUUAUCAAGUACUCUCAAACAACGGCUAGCUCGCACAAAGCAGCUUAAAACAACCAACAACGAGGCGGAUUUGAAAGUGGUCGAAUCGCUCUUAAUCGACUAUCUUAAUCAGUACGAAGCGUUCCGGGUACAGCGUGGGGCAUCGCGAACCGCAUUGUUCCAAAGGCUGUGGAGUAUUUUCAGUAUCAAGUGGCCAUGUCCUUGUGCUUGGGGCCAUCUAAUGUCUGACAUUGCAAGCUCAUUACUUCAGCUCUCGUGGCAACUACUGCUACGAGAAGAGUGUCUUCACGGUCAAAUUCCUACGAAAGUGUUUUACGUACGCCGUGAUUUAGAAGCUUUCCUGCGAGUGUACUCGUUUGGUGAGCGACCCGUGCACUACUGCGACGAUAGCCUCCAAAAUAGUGUUCCACGAAACAGUGUUAGUUCUCCAACCUUUAUUGCUGUUGCUGAUCGUCGCUCAGCAGAGGUUGCGCAAACCAAGGAGCAGUCAGCGUUCCAAAAACUAAUGGAUGAGGUAGGGGAAUUGCGACAGAAAUAUCUCCAGAAAGCGUAUCCUAACAUCUACAAAGAAAAUGAGGAAAGCUGGAAUGCUGCUAGUGAUGAACAGUCGGAUCUUUUUAUGAAUAGGAAAAGGCGUCGUCUUAGCGAGGAUGAUUAUGAUGGGGAACCUGAUGGCGAACCUGAUGGCGAACCUGAUGGCGAUAGUGCGAAUGAUCAGCAGCAAAGCCUUUUUGAGGAGAAACCAGAAAAAGUCAAAAUCAAGGAUAGGUGGUUGGGUACGAUUGCUGAAGGAUUGUUCAGGGACGAAUUGACAGAAGAAGAAAGACAGGAGAGGCAGAGAUGCGCGGCGAGGCAUUAUAAUGCUUUGACCAAACAAUCUCCCUAUAGAACACCGAAACCGAGCAGCCAGUAAAGUAGUAGCGUUUGCUAUCAAAUCUGUAAAAAUCUCGUGUAAUCUCGUUACUGUAGUUGUUAUUUUUAUCCGAAACGACUUUAUAAAAUUUAUCGUGCAUUUUUUUGGUAUGAAAAUUGAUUCAACUUAUACAAUGAUCUGGAUGGUUUAUCACCAUUAUAUUGAUAAACGGUGGUAGUACCGAUCGUUCGAUCCUGUGGAAGAUUCACAGGAGCCUUGUACUAAUGUGUUCAGUAAAUUGAAUCACCUUGGAAUUGUAAUAUGAACAUGUUUGUUUCGUAUACUAAAAUGCAGACUGCUAGGAAUAUGUGGAGAACACCAAAAACGAAUAAAUUGAUGUAAAAAUGAACGAAAGUU